AUGGGACUUCUUAAGCUUAUUCUAGUUUUCAAUAUUCUCCUCUUUGCUAGGAUGAGCUCAUUGUGGCUAGUAGAAUCAGUCAUUGCAAGUGGAACUAGAAGGAUGAUGGUAGUAGGGAACAACGAGACAGAUCGACUUGCUUUGUUGGACUUCAAGAAACAAAUUGAUCUUGAUCCUUAUGGAGCAUUAAGUUCUUGGAACGAUUACAUCCAUUUCUGCAAAUGGGUUGGGAUCACAUGUGGAUAUCGUCAUCGACAACGGGUUAUCAGCUUGGAUUUACAAGGGAAUGGCUUGGGAGGUAACAUUUCUCCUUCCAUUGGGAAUCUCACUUUUCUUCAUUUCCUUAACAUUGGAAACAAUAGCUUCCGUGGCAAAAUCCCCCAAGAAAUUAGUAAUCUGAUUCGACUACAAUCCAUUAGUUUUGAAAAUAACACUAUCGGAGGAGAACUUCCUACCAGCUUGGCCAACUGCACUCGUCUAAGAGAAAUUCACUUCUCCUAUAACAAUCUUGUGGGGAAGAUUCCGGUUGAACUAUUUAGGUCUUUAUCGAAGUUGGAGAUCAUUUCUAUCCAUCAUAAUGGCUUAACAGGAGAAAUACCAGCUUCUUUUGGGAACAUUUCCUCCGUCCAAGCUAUCUCUUUGGGUUGGAAUGGAUUGCAGGGGAGCAUUCCAGAAUCUUUUGGUCAGCUAACAAACUUAUACUUUCUAGGACUUGGUUCAAACAAACUAUCUGGUAUGUUCCCUGUCUCACUAUAUAAUCUCUCCUCUCUUCAAUUUAUUUCUCUUUAUCAUAAUCAAGUCCAUGGGCGCCUUCCACAAGACAUAGGCCUCACUCUUCCAAAUCUCCAAAAAGUAGGAUUUGCAAUGAACCUCUUCUCAGGGAGCAUUCCGAGUUCCAUCUCCAAUAUUUCAACACUCGAAGUAAUUGAUUUCGGUGAAAACAGUUUUGUUGGGCCCGUCCCUAACAACUUUGGAAAUCUUCAAAACCUUCAAAUGUUCAAUAUUGUUGGAAAUAAAUGUGGAAUAGGGGAAGCUGAUGAUUUAGAUUUUGUAAAUUCUUUGGUCAAUUGUACACAUCUAGAGAUUUUGGCCCUAAAACGAAAUGGUUUUACGGGUCCCAUUCCCAACUUCAAAGCCAAUCUCUCCACACAACUCUCAAUGCUUUAUUUAGGAGAGAAUCAAAUAUCUGGAACCAUUCCUGCUGGGAUUGAGAAUCUCGUCAACUUAACCGAAUUGUCCAUGGAGGCGAACUUUCUCCAAGGUAAUAUUCCGUUUGUUAUAGGGGAACUUCCAAAGCUUCAAAGAUUAUUCAUGGGUGGAAAUGGACUUUUAGGACAGAUACCUUCCUCUAUAGGCAAUCUCACUCUUUUGUAUGAACUCCAUUUAGAAUAUAACAGCUUGAAUGGAACCAUUCCUUCCAGUAUAGGAAAUUGUCAACAGUUACAGUACCUAACCCUUUCAAAUAAUAGCCUCCAAGGCCCAGUACCUAAACAACUCUUCCUUAUUUCCUCUUUUUCAAUCUCUCUCGACUUAUCUUACAAUUCUUUGUUGGGUCCCCUUCCAAUAGAAAUCGGUAACUUGAAGAGUCUUUCUAAAUUAGAUAUCUCCAAUAACAAAUUGUCGGGAGAAAUUCCAUCCUCCAUUGGUGACUGUAUGAGUUUGGAAUAUCUUUAUAUGGGGGAUAAUUUGUUUGAAGGAACCAUUCCUCAAUCUUUCAGUCUUUUGAAGGGUCUCCAAGAUUUAGAUCUCUCACACAACAACUUAUCAGGGCAAAUUCCAAAAGAUCUACAAAAUCUAUUAGCAUUGCAAAGUUUGAAUUUAUCCUUCAAUAAUCUUGACGGGGAGGUACCAACAAAAGGAAUUUUUGAAAAUGCAAGUGCAAUUUUCGUGAAUGGAAAUGAUAAACUUUGUGGGGGAAUUGCGGAAUUACAUCUACCGGCAUGCACAAAACGAGAAAAGUCCAAUGCUUUUAAAAUAGUUUUGGUGAUAAUCAGUGUGAUUCUUGGUUUUCUUUUGAUAUCUUCAUUUCUUACUCUCUAUUGGAUAAGAAGAUCAAAAAGCAAACCUCCAUCCACAUCCUUAAUAAGUGAUCGGUUCUUAAAUCUUUCUUACAAAGAGCUCUUCCAAGCAACUGGAGGAUUUUCUUCAGCUAAUUUCAUAGGUUCUGGUAGUUUUGGCUCUGUAUACAAAGGGAUUAUCGACAAAGAUGAAACAAUUGUCGCAGUCAAGGUACUCAACCUUCAAAAUCCAAGAGCUUACAAGAGCUUUAUAGCUGAAUGCGAAGCAUUAAGAAAUAUUCGACAUCGAAAUCUUGUCAAGAUUUUAACUUCUUGUUCAAGUCUUGAUUCAACAGGAAAAGAUUUCAAAGCCCUUGUCUAUGAGUUCAUGCCCAAUGGGAGUCUAGAUGAUUGGUUGCAUCUGCCGAUGGAGGCAAAUAAUCAUUCAAGGAGUUUAAGCCGUCUUCAAAGAUUAAACAUUGCAAUUGAUGUGGCUUCUGCAUUGGAUUACCUUCAUUACCACUGUUAUGCAACAAUUGUUCACUGUGACUUGAAGCCAAGCAAUAUUCUACUUGACAGUGAUAUGACUGCACAUGUUAAUGAUUUCGGGUUGGCAAGGCUACUUUUAGAAACUUACGACAAUUCAUCCCAGGCUCAAACUAGUACCAUUGGGAUAAAAGGAUCUAUUGGCUAUGCUGCUCCAGAAUAUGGCAUGGGUGGAAAAGCAACUAUACAAGGGGACGUGUUUAGUUAUGGGAUUUUGUUAUUGGAGAUGUUCACAGGAAAAAGGCCCACAGAUCAGAUGUUUACUGAUGACUUAAAUCUCCAUAACUAUUCAAAGGCAGCUUUACCUAUACAUGUGAUGGAUAUUUUAGAUCCAACACUCCUACCCAAUGAAGAACAAAGAGAAGAAAUUGAAGAGGUUGCUAUCAACAAAACUCAAGGUCCUAGUCGUAGGAUAGAUCACUUCCAAGAUUGCAUAACGUCAAUAUUUGAAAUUGCACUCCAAUGCUCCAUGGAAUCACCAAGAGAACGAAUGAAUAUGAAAGAUGUUGUGAGAGGACUACAUUCAAUCAAGGGAAAUUUUCUUGAAGCAAGAACCUAUCAAUACAGAGGAACUACGCCUGAUUAGAAAUAUGUGGAUUUCAAUGA